AUGACCAGUCGCAACAACAAGGAGAACGACGGAGGCAUCAAUUGGGCGGCGAUCAUGCAGUCUGAUUGGGACCAUGAUAUCAAGUUGAUCGAACAGUUUCAGAAUGAUGCUGUCGUUCCUGAUGUCGCACUCUCGCAGAAGCAUGCAGUGGCCGUGAAGAAAGAGGAAGAAGAAGAAAGCGAGGAGGAAUUUGAGUUUGGCGAAAAGGAACCAGCUGUUCAGGGUGGUAAGAAGCCACAGACACCGAGUGACCAUGGAUUCAAAGUUGUUCGAUUGACUGACCUUGUUCCUGACGGAUUCCCCGUGUAUCCUAAUGGCUCUCCCAUAUUUCCUCGUGGCGAUGACUCUCCCGUGUAUCCGAACGGCCCUGACUACAAACAAUUCAAUGAAUAUGCUGCUGCUGAUCCCAAAAUUCGUCGUACCAACUCUCCACACAAACCAAAAGCUUUGGACUACAAGAAAGAAAAACCGGAGCCCCUUCAGUCCAGGACAUGUGGUUAUUGCUACCAGGCACCUUGUUUCAUGAUUCAGGAUAUGGUUGGUAAUUCACUCAUGAUGACCGGAGAUAUGAUGAAAGACGAAGGAUACACCAACAAUGACAUUCGCAAGGCUCUUUACAAGGAAGCGUCUUGCAUGAUUCAUGGCAGGCUUGGUCCAGGCAAGAGAAUCAAGCUUCCUGUCUGUGUCGAAGGUGAGAUCAAGGAUUGCUACCCUCGCAACAAGACCGAUCCAGAAUACGUUGGAUUCAAAGCGAAUUAG